AUGGUUGAAGCAAGUAAACUGUGGUUUGAAAAAGCAUGCAGUAGCUGUAGCUGCAGCGAGCUCAUCCACCCUUGGACGUACAAAUGUUCAGAUGCUACGGCAACUAUGUUAAUGAGCAAUAUCAGAGGCAGUUAUAAGUUUUAUGCAAUGGUGUACCUUAUUCAAAUAUUAAUGAAAGGAAAGAAACUGUCAAAGAAAGAGAUGGUGGAACAGUUCAAGAUGUAUUUGAAGUCUGGCAUUUUUGGUUUGACCGUUGGAAGUUCAUUUGUCACACUAAAUUGUAUAUUCAGGAAAUUAUUCUUUAGCGAAUUCUCAUACUACACUACAGUGUUGCUACCAUGUACUGUCAGUGGUCUAGCUGUAUAUUUCGAGCCUCCAUACCGAAGAGUAAUGGUCCUUAACUUGUUCGUAAAUUUGGUGUUUGAGUACUGGGUACGGACGUUGGAAAUGAAAGGAUGGCUCCGGCGGUCUCCCGGCAAGGAGACCAUGAUCUUCAUGUUAGGUAGCGCUGUCUUCUUCUAUUUCUUGCGAUUAGAUAGAGAGAACAAGAAGCGAACUCCGUUGUUCUGGUUCUUCACCCCGCCUCGAGUGUCCAAGGAAGUGGGAGAGCCGGUCGAAGGCAUCAAAGGUAGAAGUGCUGCAUGUCCGCACAGUGGCCCGUGUAUAAACUAUGUUUUAAAGGGUACAGCACAACUGUUCGGUGUUGGAUGUGCGAUGACAAUGCUGAGAGCGAUACUACCCAAGAUAUUAACACCCACCAAAGCGUUGAAAUCAUUAAGAUUUUCACAUUUGAAGCUGGGAUUGUUUUUCGGUGGAUAUAUCGGUAUUUAUAGGUUAAUAGUGUGCCUGCUAUGUAGAGCGCACGGACGUGACAGCGCGCUGUACGCGUUACCAGCCGGCUUCCUCUCUGGCCUCGCCUUCAGAGCCGCGCCUUCCACUCCUAUCGCUUUAGCUCCUCUUACCUCAACUUUGCAGAUUCUAGGCUCAUGGGGCUAUCAAAAAGGAAUGAUUCCCGCCAACUUGCCGUUGAUCGAAAUCUUGUACUGUCUCUGCCAAGGGCUUCUAUUUCACGCGCGGGUCAUGCACGAAGAUGUGUGUCCGAAGUACAUUAUUAAUUUGAUGCACACCGUUACGAGUUCCAAGGCCGACGAAAUCCAAGCAGGUUUUAUACAGAGAAUCGUGAAGUUGAUUUGA